AUGGAUAGCAGAAUAAUAACUGAUGGCCAGAUCAAAGCGUCAUCCGAGUACAACGCCGCACACGGCGCCACCAAUGGCAGACUCAAUUUCAAGCCUGGAGGAGGUAAGACUGGCGCAUGGUCCGCCCUUCAAAAUGACGUUCAUCAGUGGCUACAGGUCGAUCUUGAAGUCAAAACCGAAGUGUCAGGAAUAAAAAUCCAGGGAAGACAAGACGCCGAUCAAUGGGUUACGAACUUUACUAUUUCCUACAGCAUCAACGGCACAACCUAUACAUCUUAUCAGAACAGCAAGGUAUGGAAACCAAUGAAAAUCGUGGCAAGAGAAACUCAAGCAAUUAACUAAUCGAAUCUCGACACGGUAACAUGAAAAUGUGUUAAGAGUGGUUGUCAGAGAAAACCGGGCAAAAUGUUAAAAAUGUCAACGGAGGGGGGUCAACAGAAUAAGUUUAUACUAACAUCAUAGAUAGGUUAGGUGGAGUAAUGGACAAAUAUAAUAAACAUAGGUUCUUCACUGCUCUUGUAUUAGAGAUACGAGUAUCACUCUAUUCGACCCCCUCGGACGCCAUUUUUAUAAGCAAAUUUUCACCAUUUUCUGAAACUCACAGAACCCUCAAAAUUUAACGAGCGAAGUUUAUUUUUUGCAUGCGAUACAACACAUCAUAGAACUACUUUCUAAAACCAUAAGAAUUGUUAAGCAGCCACGGACAAGACUAAAAUUUUCUUAUUUUAUCUGACCUAAACUCAGUGUCUGCAAAGGAGCAAAAAAUCGGGCAUUUUUGAAUUGAUCUACAGCGUACAACUAAAACGACAGAACAACUCUGACAGCCAAAUUGCAGUCUACUAUCACCCAUGUAACCAAAACACUAAUAAUCAUUUUGGGCCAUUGAAACAGGAAGAAAUUAGAAAACUCACAUUUGUUAUAGUUUCCAAGCUUUUUCUUGCAAACAGGCCGAUCCCUUCGUGCUUGUUUUAAGUCCUCUUCGUGAGUUUUCUUCCAUAUUUCGCUGUAAAGUAUGUUCAGCAGCUGGAGGAAAUAUCAAAAAGCUUUAAAUACUGCCUAGGUUACAUGUUCAAAGGGCAAAAAGUACUGAACAACAGGAUGAAACUAGAAAAUAACAAAGCGACGCCAUCUUGAAAAUUCAGCACUCAGGAGGGACUGGCACUAGUAGCUGCCUUGUCCUACCAAAGAGAUAAAAAGCAAAAACAAGCAAACCGGCUUAUGAGUUACCUACUACAGUCCUAUUUCUGCUUCAAUCACUACUUUUAGCUAAAUUUAGCUUUUUUUGUGUUGUCGGGUUUUUUGUGGCGGAGUGAUAGGUUGUGGUGAAGAUGACCAAUUGGCAUUACUUUAUUCAGUCUUCAUUUACUCUUCAUUCACUUCAUUUUGAGUUAUUGUAUCAUCUAUUUUUGCGUCAGUCUUCAAUCACCGUCCAUGUCCGAAGGUCCACUCAUCUCCUGUUCAUGAUUUAAUGAUGCGCUUUUCAUAGUCCGGAAGACUUCGCCCGAAGGGUACCUUUUUCAAGCAUCAGGUGUUACGAAGGGUAGGAAAAUCACAAGUUGAAGUAUGUGAAAGGAGAGGAAAAUCUUUCAUUAAGUAUUUUAAAGGGCCUUUUAUUAAAUGCUUCGAAGAAACACGCCUUAUGGCAAUAUUAUUUACAUGUUAAUUCAGUUAAAGGUUACACGAAAAUGGCCCGAAGACCUCCUUUCUUACCGAUUUAUUCUCACGAAGCAUAUAUAUGAAAAGGGUACAACUUUUCAAUGGAAGAUACACGAAAGGGGUACCUUUGUCAAAAAUAGUAUAUAUGAGGGUAAGGGACUGGACCUCGGGGCGAAACCUCUCCGAACAAAGCUUUAUUGAGUAGCCUCCGACCCCCCUCCCCUUCUCCCUAGGGCUUUCCACAAGUUGCUCGGCAACUUUUUGGCAACUUCUAGUAUUUCGAGCAACUAUUUUCGUUUCAAGCAACUUUUUGCAUAAUUUCUGAGCAAUUUCUCUUAUCUGAGCAGCUCUUAGUGCUUACAUUGGCCUUGCUUCCAUAUUGCACAGUGUUUUAGUAGACAAUUUAUGAAUUUCCUAUGAAAAAGGAGCGAGAUCCUCACCCCUCGGGGGCGGAUGAUGGGCACAAGAUGCAGCUGGGCUGCUAGGUCAGAGGUUUUUUUGAACAAAAAGGCAAAAUGAGGGAUUUCGAUUCACACUUGACUGACACGAGUGUCUGAAGAAGGUCAUUAAACAAUUUUAAUGGCUCAUACUAGAAUUUUUACGAGAUUAAUAUUAAUAUUGAUGUGUAGUCUUUACUCAUACAUUUUUUGGUUUUAAUUGUGGUUUAUGGGCUCCUGAUGGCGGACAGAGUUAUCUAGCAACGCUAAUUACGCUGCGAAAUAGCACAAAAUUUUGUUUUUAUACUCUACCAGGAGCCAUAUUUAUCUAAAUCGGGGUCGUAGACCGUAACUGGAUACCUUUUCCAGGGAUGGGGUUGACUUCAUCGAAAUAUCAGGGGCACCCAACGAGAAGAUAGUUCAAAACCACUUAAACAUAGCAUUGUUAAACGUAUUUUAGUAUUUAAACGGUAGAUAUGGGCAUAUUUUUAUCCCCUAGAAAUUUUUCAUCUGUUCCGAUUUCCUAGCUGAAAGUCUAAUGAUCCGAAAAUUAUAGGGAUCAACACUUACCUUUUCGAAAAUUUCAGCCAGAAAAAAGGCUCCCGAAAAUUCUAGGUGACCUUUUAAGGGUAAGGCAAGCAAGAAAUUUUACAAUGAAAUGUUCCGAAACUUCUAGAUCGCAAAUCGUCUUCCAAACAGAUAUUUUCUGAAAAUUGUCGUUGGUUGCCCCUGAAAUAUAUAUCAUAGCCAUUAAAUGUGCUAAUUUUAGCACAUUUUGUGCCAUCUCGUGUGACUCACUCGCGCAUUUUUUGCAACAGCGCCGUAGAAAAGAUUAACAAACGAAACGGCGUUGGAAAUUACCUCCUUAGGAGAUGCAUGAUAAAUUCCAUUUCUGUCAUCAUUGCCUCCUCUGAAUUUAAGGCAAGACCUUGACAAUUUCUCUAAAUGUGAGGACUGCUUAUGUUAAACAACGUAGUGAGAAUGUUUUUGACAAAUCCAGUGACACAAAUCACAGCUACACCAGUAAACUAAAAGGAACCUAGUGGCUGUAAACGUCCAGGUGUGUGACUUCUAUCAAUGAUCAAUAUGGUGGAAAAGGUACCAACUCGAGUUAACACUCGGACCCCUUUUACAAAUUUUUGAACGGCCAAAAACUUGCACGGAUCCGCCUUUUCUUUACUUGCGACCCGCGGAACCGUGCAAGUUUUUGAGCUGCAAACAGUACCGAGAAGAGAGAAUUUGCGCGUUCCCUCUAAACGUGGCAUUUAUCUUGUGUGGACCGUGCAAAGAGCAUUCUGAAAAAGAAGUGAGUGGGAAAAACAAUGAGGGGAAGCGGUACGGAGUGAGAGUCGUAAAAACUCCUUUAAUGGUACUUUUAACAAAACUGAGCUCCUUCCGGAUCCUUCUGGUAUACCAGGUUAUGGUAAACGCUAUGAAUGGUUUAUUUUGACAGCUCUUGUCAACAUUGGAAGGUAUAUUACCUUAUGGAAAUACGAAGUGACAGCGAUGAGAUCAUCAGUUAGAAGGCUUACUUUCAAAAAAGUACCUCGUUCGCUAGCUCUUUUGGCCGCUUUGCGGCCUAAAAUGCCCGUUCCGCAAACUGAUUCAACUGCAUGUACUAUGUUUAUUUUAACAAACAGUUGGUAAUAAAAAUUAUUACAAAUUUUACAGCAAGCAAUAUCCACUUCCCGCAGUUAGCCCGCACGCUUCGAAACUCGCGAGGUUAAUAUAUAGCAAGUCCAGCUAGCUCGCAUGAGAGCGAGGUUAAGUGAUUCAUAAAGAAACAAAAUAGAUCUUUAAUAUUAUAUCUACAUUCACGGGCGGGCGUACGGAAAAGCCGGAAUCCGGAAUCCGGAACCGGAGCCGGAAACGGAACCGGAACCGGAACCGGAACCAGAACCGGAACCGGAACCGGAACCAGAACCGGAACUUAAAUUGAGACCAGGGUAAACUGGGAAGCGCUGAAACCAGUUCCCGAUACGCGUGUGGAAAUAAAACUCAAGAUGGCGUCCUCUGUUAUCAUUGUUUUGAGAAAUUUUCAGCACAGUGAUCGUGAUACCAAAGAUAUACUCACCGCGCGAAAGAGCUUACGUUUGGUUAUUUAGUAUACGCAUGUGUUCUACUUUAUCAAACAUGCUUACACAUCGCGCUUAGACACUUUUACCAGAAAAAAAAAACAAACAAACAAAAUAUUCAGUUGUAAUUUACAUGACUUUAUUUAAAAAAGAACAUAUAACCACUAAAAUUCAAAGAAUCAGCCCAUGCUGUUCCGCCGCAGACUCGAGCAUAAAUUCAAGGCACAACAACUUCACAUUUUCACACGUACUCACAUUUCAAUCGAUUCGUUGCUUUGUCGCGAUCUGUAAACGAAAACAGAUAUGUUUUUGCAAAAUGGUAACAUUUCUUCAAACUCUGUAAAACGGAAAAGAAUGAAAACUUUUAUCUUCUUACUCGUACCUUCUGUUAAAAGGGCUCCGUGUUUCAUCCAUUGUCAGGGAAGGGCGGCAAAGGGAGGAGGAGUACGAUCAUGAUCCCAACUUGCGACGCUCACGCGUAUAUGAAAUUCUCGAAGAAAAAUUUUGCUCCGUACGCGAAAAAUGCGACAGUAAAAAAUAUAAUAACACUAAAUAAAUAUAAUAUGGGGAUGAAACGUCUUGACCGAGCAAUUAUUGUUAGUGACACUCUCAAGACAGAAACGUCUCCAAUUUUUAUUUCUUAGGUUCGCGUUCCGGUUCCGGCUCCGCUUCCGGUUCCGGAUUCCGGCUUUUCCAUACGCCCUUCACGGGACACCUCUAAAUGAGGAGGGAAUGAAGCAAUGCCAGUUAAUCACCAAUUAACCUGCGCUCAGGCGUUCUUCUAAAGCUAAAUUCAACUAAAAGAAGUAAUUGAAGAAGAAAUAAGACUGGAGUAGGUCUCUGAUAAGCUUGUUUGUUUGUUUUUUGCUUUUUAUCUCAUUGGUAAUCAGGAGCCCAUAGGCUCCUGGUAAUAGUUCGUAAUAGCCCACGUUCGAUAAAGGAAAACUCUAACAUGAAUCCGAGGCUUUCUGGUUACAUUUCUAUUUUAGGUUUGGUUUUCUAUGUGCUCGUGGAAAAUUUGCAAUUUUUGUCCGUACGUGUCUCCGUAUGCAGCUACUAGUGCCAGUCCCUCCUGAGUGCUGAAUUUUCAAGAUGGCGUCGCUUUGUUAUUUUCUAGUUUCAUCCUAUCGUUCAGCCCUUUUUACCCUUUGAUCAUGUAACCUAGGCAGUAUUUCGAGCUUUUUGAUAUUUCCUCCAGCUGCUGAACAUACUUUACAGCGAAAUAUGGAAGAAAACUCACGAAGAGGACUUAAAACAAGCACGAAGGGAUCGGCCUGUUUGCAAGAAAAAGCUUGGAAACUAUAACAAAUGUGAGUUUUCUAAUUUCUUCCUGUUUCAAUGGCCCAAAAUGAUUAUUAGUGUUUUGGUUACAUGGAUGAUAGUAGACUGCAAUUUGGCUGUCAGAGUUGUUCUGUCGUUUUAGUUGUACGCUGUAGAUCAAUUCAAAAAUGCCCGAUUUUUUGCUCCUUUGCAGACACUGAGUUUAGGUCAGAUAAAAUAAGAAAAGUUUAGUCUUGUUCGUGGCUGCUUAAACAUUCUUAUGGUUUUAGAAAGUAGUUCUAUGAUGUAUUGUAUCGCAUGCAAAAAAUAAACUUCGCUCGUUAAAUUUUGAGGGUUCUGUGAGUUUCAGAAAAUGGUGAAAAUUUGCUUAUAAAAAUGGCGUCCGAGGGGGUCGAAUCAAGUGAUGCUCGUAUCUCUAAUACAAGAGCAGUGACGAACCUAUGUUUAUUAUAUUUGUCCAAUACUCCACCAGACCUAUCUGUGAUGUUAGUAUGAACUUAUUCUGUUGACCCCCUUCCGUUGACAUUUUUAACAUUUUGCCCGGUUUUCUCUGACAACCUCUCUUAAAACCUCAGACCCGCAUUAGCCUCCACAAGUCGCCCACUAGUCUAACCUUAGCACUUUAUUUUCCCGCUGCAGGUCUUUAAUGGAAACACGGACCGCAACACCGUGGUUUUGAACGUUUUGCACCCUUCAAUAAAUGCACGCUACAUACGGGUGCAUCCUAAGACGUGGCAUAACCAUAUUUCUAUGAGGAUGGAACUCUUGGGAUGUCCAUCAGGUACUGAUAAUAUUUUUCGUUUUCAUGAAAAUGAAAAAAAAGCAGGGGCAUCCAACGACUGUUUCGAGUAAAAUGUUUGUUCAGAGAGCCAAAUAUUGCCUAAAAUUUUCUAUUACUUGAGGAAGGCUAAAAAUUUGUAGAUGAUCGUUCCAUUCAUGUACAAUCUUCGAAGCUUAUCAAAUAUAUUCCCUACGAUUGUCUGAAGUUCAAUUUUUCAAAUUGCACUCCCCUUUAAAUGUGAUGGAGAGAGGAAUCGGAAAAAUUCUAACAUUCGUAAUAUGUUAAAAUGGAUGUAAAGUUUUCGGAAAAAUAAUACUGAAGCCCUUGCAAUUUCGAAACGACUCAAAUUCCCCUUGGAUGACCGAACAGAUACAAAUUCUACAGCGCCGCUUAGAAUGCAUCUCUAGAGAUCUAAAAGUACUCUGGAAGCCUAAAAAGUGUUUCAAUUUAUUUGGGAGGAAACUGUGGUGGCUGCCCCUGAAAAAGGUUCCCUCUGACUAGCACAACGGCGGUAAACUGUUUACUCGCAUGCUCACUCAACUGCAGUUCACUCUUCCUACUACACGUAUCACAAAAUCACAGCCAAACAAGGUGCUUUAGAAUCACGUAAUCAAUUUAAUAGAACGCACUAAUCGUGCAAUAUCCUUUGUAAAGCAUGUUUCGACCCGCUCGGGAUGGAGACCAAGAAAAUAACCGAUGGCCAGAUCACAGCGUCAACCGAGUACAACGCUGCACACGGCGCCACCAAUGGCAGACUCAAUUUCAAGCCUGGAGAACGAAAGACUGGUGCAUGGUCCGCCCUUCAAAAUGACGUUCAUCAGUGGCUACAAGUCGAUCUUCAAGGCAAAACCGAACUGACAGGAAUAAAGAUCCAGGGACGACAAGAAGUCGAUCAGUGGGUUACGAGCUUUACUAUUUCCUACAGCAGCGACGGCACCACCUAUACAUCUUAUCAGAACAGCAAGGUAUGGAAACCAAUGAAAAUUGUGGCAAGAGAAACUCAAGCAAUUAACUAAUCGAAUCUCGACACGGUAACAUGAAAAUGUCUCAAAAUCCCAGACCCGCGUUAGCCUCCACAAGUCACUUACUAGUCUAACCUUAACACUUCAUUUUUCCGCUGCAGGUGUUUAAUGGAAACACGGACCGCAACACCGUGGUUUUGAACGUUUUGCACCCUUCAAUAAAUGCACGCUACAUACGGGUGCAUCCUAAGACGUGGCAUAAACAUAUUUCUAUGAGGAUGGAACUCUUGGGAUGUCCAUCAGGUGCUGAUAAUAUUUUUCGUUUUCAUGAAAAUGAAAAAAAAGCAGGGGCAUCCAACGACUGUUUCGAGUAAAAUGUUUGUUCGGAGAGCCAAAUAUUGCCUAAAAUUUUCUAUUACUUGAGGAAGGCUAAAAAUUUGUAGAUGAUCGUUCCAUUCAUGUACAAUCUUCGAAGCUUAUCAAAUAUAUUCCCUACGAUUGUCUGAAGUUCAAUUUUUCAAAUUGCACUCCCCUUUAAAUGUGAUGGAGAGAGGAAUCGGAAAAAUUCUAACAUUCGUAAUAUGUUACAAUGGAUGUAAAGUUUUCGGAAAAAUAAUACUGAAGCCCUUGCAAUUUCGAAACGACUCAAAUUCCCCUUGGAUGACCGAACAGAUACAAAUUCUAUAGCGCCGCUUAGAAUGCAUCUCUAGAGAUCUAAAAGUACUCUGGAAGCCUAAAAAGUGUUUCAAUUUAUUUGGGAGGAAACUGUCGUGGCUGCCCCUGAAAAAGGUUUCCUCCGACUAGCACAACGGCGGUAAACUGUUUACUCGCAUGCUCACUCAACUGCAGUUCACUCUUCCUACUACACGUAUCACAAAAUCACAGCCAAACAAGGUGCUUUAGAAUCACGUAAUCAAUUUAAUAGAACGCACUAAUCGUGCAAUAUUCUUUGUAAAGCAUGUUUCGACCCGCUCGGGAUGGAGACCAAGAAAACAACCGAUGGCCAGAUCACAGCGUCAACCGAGUACAACGCUGCACACGGCGCCACCAAUGGCAGACUCAAUUUCAAGCCUGGAGAACGAAAGACUGGUGCAUGGUCCGCCCUUCAAAAUGACGUUCAUCAGUGGCUACAAGUCGAUCUUCAAGGCAAAACCGAACUGACAGGAAUAAAGAUCCAGGGACGACAAGAAGUCGAUCAGUGGGUUACGAGCUUUACUAUUUCCUACAGCAGCGACGGCACCACCUAUACAUCUUAUCAGAACAGCAAGGUAUGGAAACCAAUGAAAAUUGUGGCAAGAGAAACUCAAGCAAUUAACUAAUCGAAUCUCGACACGGUAACAUGAAAAUGUCUCAAAAUCCCAGACCCGCGUUAGCCUCCACAAGUCACUUACUAGUCUAACCUUAACACUUCAUUUUUCCGCUGCAGGUGUUUAAUGGAAACACGGACCGCAACACCGUGGUUUUGAACGUUUUGCACCCUUCAAUAAAUGCACGCUACAUACGGGUGCAUCCUAAGACGUGGCAUAAACAUAUUUCUAUGAGGAUGGAACUCUUGGGA